AUGGCGGACGCUCUGAUUGCCGCUGUGGAAACCGUUGCAGCGAAAAAGCCACCGCAGCACUCCUCAUCGACGUCCCCCGCGCUCGAUAUCUUUCUCUGUCUCUCCAUUGGCGGGAAUGGGUCCAUCAUGUACUCCGGAAACGAAGAAGACGAUGCCCGUGAAGAUGGGAUAUUACCAUCAUCGUUUUCUCGUGCAAAUGGAUUCCGAACGCCGUUAGAAAUGUUGGAAAUGCCCGAUUGGGAAAGGAAGGGAAAGAAGCGCGAGAGUCGUGCAAUGGACGACAGUUGGAACCCGUUGCGGUGGUUGUUUCACGACUCGUCGCAAGACGAUCGGUCAGCUAUAGCCACUACCGGUGCAGCAAACGAAGCGGAGGAUGAAGCACAGGCGACAGAUAAGGACAAGGGAGCAGCUCCUGGUGCAGAGCCUGGCGAAACGCGUUCUAGGGUCUACCGUUCUUCGACAUCUCCAGAAAUCCGCAUGAAGACCGCACCAAAGUGGGCGCGUCUACGCUCGCUUAUGCCUCACAUAGCAAGUCAGGCGCACAAGAAUGAAAGUCAACCUCCCUCCAGUGUCACUCCUGCCACUGUCAACAUCACGGACGAACUUAUCACUGGCGGAUUGUCGACGUUGAUGUUGCGCAUGUGGUUCGAACGCGACGAGAAGGACGACAGACGUAUUCCUGUGCUCUUCCAUCGUCUCGCAUCCUUACGGGACCUCAUUUCACUGCACACUCACUACGCCUUCUCGAAUGCAUAUAAUCGGAAUGUUGAUGACCUUCCUGAAUUCCCCAAGACCAGUCUACCCUACUUCAAAUUCCUCAAAAAGGAAGGCAAAGACAUCGGUGCCAAAGACUUUGCUCGUAUCCAACGGGACAACUUGGAAACAUAUCUCAUCAAUCUUAUUGCCGCUGUUAUGUUCCACCCAGCUGCGAAUCGCCUGGCCAGUUUCCUCGAAAUCAGUGCCUUGUUUGUGAACCUGGCGAAUUCGGGCGGUUUGCAGCUGAAAGCUGGCUACCUCCAAAUCGAAUCCACCAAAACUGGCGGUGGAUUUGGCCGCAAGUCUGCGACAUGGAGGGAACGUAAGGAGCCGAAAUGGUGCUCAGUGCGGGACAGCUAUAUUGUCGCAGUGCAAGAACCUGGCGAGCUGACUGUUUGGGAUGUGUUUCUUCUCGACGCUGACUUCGAAAUCGAGCGGCCUAGGCGAUAUUACCGUCAAGGCCUCAAAUUUCUUCACCCAAAUGAGAGUGAAAGUGAGGACGAAGCUCCUGAUGGAAUGCUACCGGACGAGAGAAUUAAACCAAGUGUGAUGGGCUCUAUUCGUAGGUCAAUAUCCCGAAUCGCCCGCCCGUCUCGACGGGAUCAGAACGGGAACGAGGAGAAUCACUCCUCCCCCAGUUCUGGAAGCUCCGCCGCUUCCGACAUGUCUGCUGAGCCUGUAGCUAUGCAAGAUCCAUCAACGCACGUCGAUCCCAUGCAGGACGACCAGUCGGACGUCGAACGCGACUGGCAUCCUGAUGAACUGGAGAAGAGAAAACGAAAACAGCCUACAGCAGGUGUCUCGAAGCACACAUUCUUUAUCGUCAACUCGCAGCAGAGGCUCAAGCUCUUUGCGCGCAAUCAGAGGCAAAUGAAGCAAUGGAUUACAGCCCUCGAGAAAGUCAAGUCGUCGCCGUAUUGCCAGCCAAACAGGUUUGACAGUUUUUCGCCCAUCCGGCUGAAUGUCGCUGCUCAGUGGCUGGUCGAUGGGCGCGAUUACUUUUGGAAUUUGUCUCGGGCGUUGCUCUUAGCGAGGGAAUCGAUCUACAUUCAUGACUGGUGGCUUUCUCCCGAGCUGCAAUUGCGCAGACCCAACAAGGACCGGUAUCGACUGGAUCGCUUGCUGGAGCGCAAGGCUAAAGAAGGCGUGAAGAUCUAUGUCAUUCUCUACCAGGAAGUCUCCAGCCGCACGACUCCUACUGACAGCAACUAUGCCAAGCAACGAUUAACAUCUCUCCACCCAAACAUUCUCGUUCAGCGUUCUCCGUCGCAUUUCCAGACCGGGACUUUCUACUGGGCGCACCACGAGAAAAUGUGUGUAAUCGAUCAGACGAUCGCCUUUAUGGGUGGCUUUGAUCUGUGCUUUGGCCGCAAUCCUCGAGUCGUUGAUUUCCACACUUUGAACAAGCCGGAGGAAGACAUGUACGACCGUUCAAAGGUUCCGCGAAUGCCCUGGCACGAUGUGGGCUUACAGGUGGUGGGCCAGCCCGCCCGAGAUCUUUGCAGACAUUUCGUCCAACGAUGGAACUAUCUUUUGCGCAACAAGAAUCACACGCGGAUUAUGCCGUUCUUGCUUCCGCCGCCAGAAUUCAAAGUCGGCGAAUUGACCGCCAUGCAACUGACGGGGACUUGCGAGAUGCAGAUUUGCCGAUCUGCUGGGCCAUGGUCACUGGGCACCAAGAAAACCGAGCAUUCGAUCCAGAAUGCGUAUCUCAAAGGUCAGUUGGCCGUCGCCGAGACUCUCGGACCUAUGAUGAUAACGUCCACAGCCAUUCAACUGUCAGAGCAUUUUGUAUACAUCGAGAACCAGUUUUUCAUCACAUCCACGGUCGUCAAUGACCAAAAGAUCGAGAACCGGAUCGGGGAUGCGAUCGUGCAGCGGAUAAUUAGGGCCCACCAUGACGGCAUGCCUUGGCGCUGCUGUAUCGUCAUUCCUUUGUUGCCGGGCUUCACGUUCCCUGUGGACCACGGUGAUGCCAGUGCAAUUCGGAUUAUCCUCGAAUGCCAAAACCGGACCAUCGCCCGGGGUCCCAACUCAAUCUUUGCUCGAUUGAGAAAGGAGGGCAUUGAUCCUGACGAGUACAUAUCGAUCUUCUCGCUGCGCAGCUGGGGCAAGCUUCCGGGCGAUAUUCUCACCACUGAGCAGCUGUACAUUCACGGCAAAGUGUGUGUCGUCGAUGACCGGCUGGUCAUUAUCGGCAGUGCCAACAUCAACGAACGGUCGCAGCGAGGUGACCGAGACUCUGAGCUGGCUGCGGUCAUCCGGGACACAGAUAUGAUCGACGGCACGAUGGCCGGCAAGCCGUUCCAAGUCGGCCGCUUUGCACACAGUCUCCGCGUUCGGUUGAUGAGGGAGCAUCUCGGUGUCGAUGUGGACAGCUUAGACGAAGAGCACUUGAUGGCUCGCGAACCGUCCCAACCGGAGCACGAACAAGAGAAAUGGAUUCCGGAGACUGAAGAUGACGGGUAUGUUAAAGAAUCACGCGCGGAGCCUGGGCUGCACGGGAUUUUGGGGACCGUGAAUGGUAUCAUCAAGCAAGGGAUCCACGGUAGCGCUGAGGCGAGCUCGCACACGACUUCCAAGUUGCUCAAAAAGAUCGGCUUGGUGGAUCGGUCUACUGCGCAGAACGCGGGGGAUGAUGCUCUCAUCGAAGAGCGGAUGAUGUUUGAUCGAGAGGGUAACAAGGAGCCAGGAUUCGCCAGUGCCAUCGUUCCUACGCUUGAGGAAAAGAUGGUGCUCGAGCACCGACCUGCGGAAGAGCAUGCCGAUGGAACUCCAAUCGAGGAACGCGUCGCGGAAGGAGUCCAGGAAAACGACAGUGGUAAUGCACAAGUCGACGACGGGGAGUCCAAACCGGAGCAACCGAGGACGGAAGACGGUGAUCUGUUCGGAGCACCGGCAGAUGCAUCGCAGGAUCCCAAGACGGACGAUCAGCCGCCGCAUGCUCGCUCCAAUGUCGACGAUGCUACAGACGAAGAGAGGACAGCGCCUCACGCUCGGUCUCUCAUUCGAAGACAUCUCGCUGCUAAACUUGGGAGCAAGACAUGGGCGUUGCCUGUUCCGCGACCCAAAGUUGACAAGGACGCCUUCGAGGAUCCUAUCUGCGACCAGUUUUGGAAGGAAGUCUGGGUCUCUUCCGCGGCGCACAAUGUUCGGGCACUGACUGAGAUCUACCGCAAAGUGUUCCAUGCCAUUCCCGAUGAUCUAAUCACGACCUGGAAACAGUACAAGGAGUUCAUCGUUCACCACGAGCGCUUGAACAAACCACCGCGGGAUGCAAUGACUCCAGAAGCCGUUGCAGUCGUCCCAUCGGAAACUGCUGAGGAGGGUGCUGCUGCCGCUUCUUCUGACGGCCGGGACAAGCCCAACGAGGAAGACGAAACUACCAGUGAAGGACACGCCUCAGACAAAAAGAAAGAGAAGACCUCGCAAGCUGGCCCUGAGCCAUUCGAGAGAUGGGAGCGUGAUGAAAUGGAGAAGCUGCUUGGACAACUCAACGGACAUCUGGUUUUGUACCCCAAUCGUUUUCUCGAAGGCGAGGAUGUCGCGAAUAAUUUCUUGUUUAACUCGGACCGGCUCCUCCCUCUGCCCAUCUACGACUAAUCUACUGACUGACUCUUAUACCCUUCUCGCAUGUAUGUACAUGGACUUUCCGAUGUGUGAUCUAUGUAAGUUGUAAAGCAUAUACAUUUUUGAUGGCGCGUGUGCAGUGCAA